GCGUGUGUGUGUGUGUGUGUGCGUGUGUGUGUGUUUGUGCUGCUGCAUUUAACUGUUUGACUCCUGACUCUAACCUCAAUUGUGUUCACCUCGGACACUUCCAACUUUAGUGAAGAUGGCCCCCAAGGUGAAGAAAUCAUUUGGACAGACGGUGCACGAGUGGGGAGAGUUCUUGUGGAACUCCAGGACACAGGAGUUCCUGGGACGGACUGGCUCCAGUUGGGCACUGAUUCUGAUGUUUUACGCAGUCUUUUACACUUUCCUAACUGGUCUCUUCAGCCUGACCAUGUGGGUGAUGCUGCAGACCGUUAAUGAAUACACACCAAAGUACCAAGAUCGGAUCACGAACCCAGGUCUGAUGAUCCGCCCAAGAACAGACAGUCUACUUGUUACGUUCAACACGUCACAUGAAAGCACAUGGCAGGCACAUGUCCAAGCCCUCAACGCGUACCUGGACUCCUAUAACGACAGUGUUCAGGUUUCGAAUAAUGACCAGUGCAGGCCGGGGACAUAUUACCUCCAAGAGGACAGCGGGGACGUUCGCAAUACCCCGAAGCGAUCCUGUCAAUUCAACCGAACCAUGCUGGGCCAGUGCUCGGGGCUAGAGGACAAGACGUAUGGGUACAGCGAAGGGAAACCCUGCAUCCUCGUCAAGAUGAACAAGAUUAUCGGGUUCCUACCUGGUGAAGGGAAGACACCGUACGUGUCCUGUGAAGGGAAGGCAAAAGAUGAGAAAAAUGAGGGGACCAAAGACAACGACAAAGUUCACAACCUCCAAUAUUUCCCUCCCAAUGGGACCUUGGACCUGAUGUACUUCCCAUAUUAUGGAAAGAAAGCACAUGUGAACUACACACAACCCUUGGUGGCCGUGAAAUUUGUGAACAUAACAAACAACGUUGACGUCAACAUUGAGUGCAAAGUCUACGGGUCGAACGUGAGGAAUGACGAUGAGCGAGACAAGUUCGCCGGCAGGGUGGUCUUCACACUGAACGUGGGCUCAGGUGGAACGGGAUCCACCUAAACCUUUCGGCAUUGGACAUGUCUUACUGGGCAGGUGGGGGAUACACCUGGGUGUGUGUGCGGGCUUGGGGGGGGAUUCGGGAUUAGGGAAAUGAGAUCUGGCUUGAGGGAGGGAGAAGAGAUCAGCGCCUGGAUGUGUUCGACUGCUUUCUGGAGCACAGAGAGGUUGGAAUUCCAUCGGAUAGGAUAUUCUUACUUCAAUCCAGCUUCAGAUCGGACACUGAACAGAACUGGCACUGUACCGAGAAGCUCAUGUCCCAUGUAACGAGUCAAGAACCCCAUCCACAAGAAUGAUCAAUCAAUGCUAUUACAUUUCCCUGACCCUUAAGAGUGCUGGCCCCUCUUGCACCCUGAUCCAGGCGUGUUGCUUUCAUCAUGUAAAUAAAAUGUGCAAAGUCUCCUGUCGUGCAUGUCUCUCCAGCCUUGCCAGGCUGCCCCUAUCUUUGUAAGUUUGGCUGUGCAACCUCAGAGUCAACAUUAAUACUUUGGGUCCUUUAAAAGUGUGAUUCAGCAUUCAUGGGGUUUGCAAGACCCCACCUCUGCCCAGCCUUCUGCCUCCCACCCUGCUCUCCGUGAAGAUUUGCUCCAAUCUGGGUUCAUUUCAGGUGUGUGUAUGUGUAUGCGCUGUGUGGAAAGGAGCCAGGACUAAGGCCCCAGUGUUAACUUGGUCUAAGCGAACGGGUUCGCAGUGAGUUACAAUCUGGACUUAAGGACUCUGUUUUAUUUACUGUGGCCAGUAUCUGAUCACCUCCCAGGACCCUGGCUUGAUAACAGUCAACCAAGGGUCCAGUCUAUUUCUUGCUUUUGCUGUUGUUAAAUACACCUCUCGCAUUUAUUCAUACAUUCCAACCCUCAUUCACAACCAGGCCAGUAAGCUUGUCCAACAAUCACAAACUGUAAAUGGCAAAACUCCAAUGAGUCAAUUCAUCAAAGACCCUCAGGCAGCACCUUCCAAACCCACUGCCCCUUCCAUCCAGAAGGACAAGGGGCAGCAGGUACAGGGGAACCCCACCCCCUGCACGUUCCCCUCCGAGCCCCUCCCCAUCCUGACUUGGAAAUAUAUCGCCGUUCCCUCAGUGUGGCUGGGUCAGAAUCCUGGGAUUCCCUCCCUCAGGGACAUUGUGGGUCUACCUUCCAGCACAUGGACUGCAGCGGGUCAGGAAGGCAGCUCAACCCCACCUUCUCAAGGGGGGCAACUAGGGACGGGGCAAGAAAUGCUGGGCCCAGCAACACCCACAUCUCAGAAAUAAAUUAAUUUUUAAAAAAACUUCACAAGUUGGCACCAUUCCCAGCGGGUAGUCAAGGGAAAAGUAUCUUGAAAGUUCCCAAACUGUCAAUUAUGAAAAUAAUAUGAGAGGGUGUGUGUUUGGGGAGGGGGUGCAGGGGUGACUAAAGCAUUCCAUUAAUCUAGAUGUUGGGAGACCACUAGGGUUCCUACAUUAAAUAAUCUUUCCACAGCAUCCAACGUUUGCAAGAAAUGUACGUAAAUAAUAUAUAAAUA